CGACUCACGUUCUUUGCCUGACAGAUGGGCGCGAGUGUAGUAAUCCGAGAUAUUGAGGAUUGCUAAAGGAUGGAGUCCGAUAGUGAGAUCAGUUGAGUGACCGGACUGAUUGCGGAGCACAAUUGACGGCGUCUGGUCGGUUUCUGUUGACGAUGCCAUCUUUGAUAGUGUAUCUUGUCUAUAUCUAUGGUGAUUUGUGGGUAUAUCGAGCUGCAAUUGUCGGACUGCGGAUGGAAUCACUGGUGAGCGGGGUGAGGGAAGUCGCGGCUGGGAGUGGGAAGGCACUGAUUAAGCUGAUAGGGUUUAGAUGUCUGCUCCUCCACUUCUGAUAUCUGAUCAACGACAACUCGCUCAAUUGAACAUGAAUACCAGCAAUGACCUAUGAUCCAUGGCUACGACUGCGUCUGUCUUCUUCAAACAGCUCAGAAACACACGCAGUGCUUCACAGAUUCACCGCAACUGACGCGACCUACUCCCUAACCGUCACUGAUCUCUCGUCCAUCUGGAUCGAUUCGCCCUCCCAAGCUGAAAUCAUCCGACGCGCAGAAGCAAACGAAUGCGUGGUAGACGUGUCUGAGCCUGCCAAUCGAAGGACUCUGAUCUGUCGAUUAUCAGAAGCCUUUGGCGAACGCGAUCUACCUGCGACCACAAAGCUCUCUGCUGUGAGAUCCGGAGCGAACUUGACGCUCACCGCCUCUAUCCUUUUAUCAGAGUCGCCGCAGCCGCUGGAAUGGGUGUUUCGCUUGACACCCGUAAACUCUCCUGACAUUAUCAGGGAGUUCCCUUUAGGACUUUUGGGCAUAGCUGAUGUAUUUCGCCAGCAGACACUUGAUCUUCAAGAAAUCAUAGCCGAGAAGGAUUUCCACAUCCGCUCCCUAAAGCUUCAGCUACAAGAAAGACUCGGUCAAGCAAUCGAAUAUGUUCCACGCAAAGCAGUCGGCUCUGUCUCUGCUUUCGAUAGGAACGCGUGGCUACAGAAAUGGACGUCCCAAAGACACCAGCGCGACGGAUCCGCGCCCGAGAUGUUUCGCCGCAUGACGAGCGAGUUUGGAAGGUAUUGGGGACUCACGGGCGAUGGUCUCUUGCGGAUUAAAAAGGGCGAUUUUAUGGAUAUCGGGGAGCAUCCCGAGCAGCUGUGGAAAGCAAAGACGACGGCAUCGCGGUCUUUGAGACAAAGCAGUAUACGGCAGCCAGUCGUAGCAGGCAACCAGAGCAGCGAUAGCGACGCUGCGUCGGGCUUGCAAACUAAACCGAGACGGAGGAGGAGAGGUAGGAGGGUAGUCAGCUCCGGUGACGAGUCACCAGACAGCAAGCCGGAAACCCGACCUCCUCGGAAACGCGUCAACUCCUGCUCUUCCUCUGACGACCCACCAAAUGAACCAAACAACAUUCUCAAAGACAAACAAAAAACCACUAAAUCCUCGUCCAGCGAUGACGAUUCAGAAGGACAGAUCAGAUCGAUCAUACGACGACGAAAAAGAACGCUCGCGGACUCGGAGUCCAGCGAGGAUGCGUCGCAGAGUAUUCGAAAUCGGUCUGGACGACGUCGUAAGAGGCGACGAGCAGGGUAUGAGGACUCGUCGUCGUCUGAGAGCGCACCGGUUAGUAACAGGAGAGCGCGCGUUGGCCCCCCACCUUCGGUCAGUUUAUUGAAUUGGCAAUGGUUCUUCUAUUUAUUCAACUAAUACCGAUUACAGGACGACGAAUCCGACCGCCCACAACAUCCGAUAGCUUCACACACCUUGCCUAAACGCAAACCAGCUACGAAAGAAUCAGUCGCAAAAUCAGACUCCCCACAACCGUCUACAGAGC